CCGGCCGCAGGUGCAGCAGCCGGGCCUGGGCGGGGAGAUGAACGCGCAGCUGGACGGCCUGUCGGUGAGCUCGUCCUCCAUCGGCUCGCUGGGCUCAGCGGCCGCGGCGGCCGGCGGCGGGGGCGCGGGGCUGCGGCUGUUGUCUGCCAACGUGCGCCAGCUGCACCAGGCACUCACCGCGCUGCUGAGUGAGCCGGAGCGGGAGCAGUUCACGCACUGCCUCAACGCGUACCACGCGCGCCGCAACGUCUUUGACCUGGUGCGCACCUUGCGCGUCCUGCUGGACAGCCCGGUCAAGCGGCGCCUGCUGCCCAUGCUGCGACUGGUCAUCCCGCGCUCCGACCAGCUGCUCUUCGACCAGUACACGGCCGAGGGCCUCUACCUGCCCGCCACCACCCCCUACAGGCAGCCCGCCUGGGCCGCUCCCGACGGCGCGGAGCCCGGGGAGGUGCGGCUCGUAAGCCUGCGGCGCGCCAAAGCCCACGAGGGCUUGGGCUUCAGCAUCCGCGGGGGCUCGGAGCACGGCGUGGGCAUCUACGUGUCGCUAGUGGAACCCGGCUCCCUGGCUGAGAAGGAAGGACUGCGGGUCGGGGACCAGAUUCUACGCGUCAAUGAUAAAUCUCUAGCACGCGUGACCCACGCAGAGGCGGUCAAGGCUCUCAAGGGCUCCAAGAAGUUGGUGCUAUCUGUGUACUCAGCUGGGCGCAUCCCUGGGGGCUAUGUCACUAACCACAUCUAUACCUGGGUGGAUCCACAAGGCCGUAGCACCUCCCCACCAUCCAGCCUGCCCCAGCCCCAUGGCAACACCUUGAGACAGCAUGAGGGUGACCGAAGGAGUGCCCUGCACCUCCUGCAGAGUGGAGAUGAGAAAAAGGUGAACCUGGUGCUAGGUGACGGCCGGUCCCUGGGCCUCACGAUCCGAGGUGGAGCUGAGUACGGCCUUGGUAUUUAUAUCACAGGUGUGGACCCAGGCUCCGAAGCAGAAAGCAGUGGGCUCAAGGUUGGGGACCAGAUUCUGGAGGUGAAUGGGCGGAGCUUUCUCAGCAUCUUGCAUGAUGAGGCAGUGAAGCUGCUCAAGUCAUCCCAGCACCUCAUCUUGACAGUGAAGGACGUCGGGAGGCUGCCCCACGCACGUACCACCGUGGAUCACACCAAAUGGAUUGCCAGUUCCCGGAUUGGGGAGAGCACCACCAACUCAGCAGGGUUUCCAGGGGACCUCACAGCAGAAGGGACCAGCAAGCCAGGAUUUUACAAGGGCCCAGCCGGCUCCCAGGUGACCCUGAGCAGCCUGGGGAACCAGACACGUGCGCUGCUGGAUGAGCAGGCCCGGCACCUUCUGACAGAGCAGGAGCGUGCCACCAUGGUGUACUACCUGGACCAGUACCAUGGCGGCGGCAUCUCUGUGGAGGCCCUGGUCAUGGCACUGUUUGAGCUGCUCAACACACAUGCCAAGUUCUCGAUCCUGUCUGAGGUGAGAGGCACCAUCUCCCCACAAGACCUGGACCGCUUUGACCACCUGGUGCUGCGGCGGGAGAUCGAGUCCAUGAAGGCUCGGCAGCCUGCAGGCCUCAGCACCGGGGACAUCUACUCCAUGGUGUCCUGCAGUGACACGGGCUCAUCCACUGGUAGCCAUGGGACCUCCACCACCAUCAGCUCAGCCAGGGAGCGGCUGCUGUGGCUUAUAGACCUGAUGGAGAAUACACUAGACCUGGAGGAAACUGGAGAGACCACCCAGGGCAGCGUCAACACCCUCCAGGAUGUGUCCGUGGACGAUGUCAAAUCUUCCUCGGAAGGGCUGCCUGGCAUCAAGCCGCCACCUCCCGCCCCACCUCUGGCUCAAGGUCACGACCGCCUGCUUAACCAGCCAUGGAAAGCAGGGAGGGAGGACCCUCCGCCUCCAUCCUCUGCCAGCCACUCCGGCAUUGUCUUCUCGGCACCACGGAAUCGCAGUCCUCCACUGGGUGUCACACCCACUCCAGGACCCUCGGCACAGGAUUCCCCCUCCUCUCCCAUCUACGCUUCCGUCUCCCAUGCCAAGCCCAGCUCCAGGAAGUCCCUGGAUGCCCACCUGGCCCUGGUCAGCCCGCACCCCAUUGGCCCUUUCCCUCGGGUCCAGUCCCCUCCUCACCUGAAGAGCCCUCCAGCAGAGACCCCAGGGACUGGGGGCUGCCUUCCACCACCGUCACCCUCUGACCACCCAGACGCUGUGGGUGCAAACCAGCACUUCGUCCUGGUGGAGGUCCACCGCCCCGACAGCGAGCCUGAUGUGAACGAAGUUCGAGCUCUGCCCCAGACUCGCACAGCUUCCACACUCUCUCAGCUCUCAGACAGUGGGCAGACUCUGAGCGAGGACAGUGGUGUGGAUGCUGGGGAGACGGAGGCCAGCGCUCCAGGCCGAGGCAGACAAACAGCAUCUACCAAGAGCAGGAGCGGCAAGGAGCUGGCUCGGACCGAGAGAACCGUGGAGAACACCAACAAACCUCCUGGCCUCCUGGAACCCACGUCCACCCUGGUCCGUGUGAGGAAAAGUGCAGCCACCUUGGGCAUUGCCAUUGAGGGCGGUGCCAACACACGCCAGCCUCUGCCCAGGAUCGUCACAAUUCAGCGCGGAGGUUCUGCCCACAACUGUGGACAGCUCAAGGUGGGGCAUGUGAUCCUGGAAGUGAAUGGACUGACUCUUCGGGGCAAAGAGCAUCGAGAAGCUGCCCGUGUCAUCGCUGAGGCCUUCAAGACCAAGGAAAGGGACUACAUUGACUUUUUGGUCACUGAGUUCAACGUGAUGCUCUAGGGGCAGGGCUCAAGGUUCAGGCUAUAUAGGCCAGGGUUGCAGGCAGGCACCCCCCGACCCCCACCCACCCAUACACACACUGGCCCACUGGGUCAGACUAGGAGAAAAAGAGUCCAACCAGGCAAGCAGAAAAGUCAGGUCAGAAUCUGUGUGUCAGGUACACAGUAGGUGCUUAGUACAAGUCGGUUAUGGGAAGGGAGGAAAGGCAGGGGACGGGCAUAGCACCUGUUUCUCUGGGCUGGAUGGGGAGGCACUGCCCUAGCCACCCCUAGAUGCCUGGAAUGAGGUCACAGGAGAGUUCACAGAUGGAGCGUCCUGCCCGGGGGAACUUCAGUGCCACAAAUGAGCCGCCAGCACGCCUGUUCACACCUGUAGCGCCCCCCUUCCUCCUGGCUCCAUGUCCCCAUGGUAUUUAUUUAUUUCUCUUCCCACGCUUCAGGGGACCCUAGGUCCCAGGUUUCCCUUGCACCCCCAGCCUACCCCAGAGGCCUUGCAGGCAACCAGCAAUGUCCAUGUAUUUAUAUACAGAGCUUAUGACUUUAAUUUUUCAAUAAAGAAAUCUGAACAAG